AGGUCAAUGUGUUUGCGCAUGCGUAGAUACGCAUCGUACGCGCAGUAGGUCAUACGCUAUGGGUUCUAAUCAUGACAGGCGGGAGACUGCAUAAAGGGGUGAGAUUUGCGCGGCUUCAACGUACACUGGCUUGUUUACAAUGACAGGAGGCAAAAUGUGAGGACCGAAGGCAGCCACAGCACUGUUCGGAUAUGUAGGAUGUGUGACACACAGAAUUAACGAAGCGGAUUUACGAUAUGUUGAUUGCGACUUCGCCAUUUUCCCGAUGUAUCACACGCGCCGAAACCACGACCCGGCCAACUCAAUAACCUACAUAAUGCGAGACGCAAUGUGAAUUGACACUCAGUGUUAUUCCUACGGCGAAGGGAGGUAACUCGCCGUUGAUGUGAAUCCAAUGUUUUCAUUCGUACGUUCGGCUAUUGUCACCGGUAGCACGCAAGUUUACUAAAAUCGUGCUAACUGAAAAUGGUGUCACUUUUAAAAGCAUCGUUCACGAAAAGGAAGAGUAAUUUCACGUACUCUGAGACAGACACGCUUUUGGAAGAAAUCGAAAAGAAUAAAGAAGUAUUGCUUUCUCCAUCGUGCGCAGCGAAGCAUAAAAGAGCUUUGUGGGAUGACAUCACGUCCAAAAUAAAUCGAAUUGGGGAGGGGGAUGAACGAACGAUGGAAGAGGUUAGAAAAAAAUGGGGCGAUAUGCAGUGUUUAGCUAAACGGAAAUUUGCAAGGGGGAAGCAGGAAUUAAAUGAAUUUGAAAUGCGAGUUAUAGCCAUGAAAUCCGAUGGUGGGGGUAAAUGGUUGCAGAAUGAGAGGACAUUUCUGGAGGAGCCGGAUGAAUUCGAGUUCGACACCUUGACAGAAAACAUUCAAAUUAAACAGGAAAAAACAGAUGAAGAACUUGAUAACCCCCCAGUUUACUUUGAUGGGAAAAGUUAUGAUGGCACACGCGACGAUCCUACAGAUGACUAUCCAGAAACCCCAAUUCCAUUUGACAUGACUUCGCGCAAGAGGAAAAGCAACUUCAGCAUUCUUGAGAGGAACACUCUACUGGAGGAAGUCCGCAGGUGGCGGAAGAUCAUUCUGGCCAAGUUCAACGACACUGUGACCCAUGAGAAGAAGAGACUAGCCUGGGACGAGGUGACCAAGAGGGUGAACGAGAGGGGAAGAGGAAGUUACCGCACAGUGGAAGAAGUGAGGAAGAAGUGGAAUGACAUGCAGAGCCUGGCUCGACGGAAGAAGAGGAGGAAAAUGCAUACCCUGCUGCUGGAGUCCGCCUCCAACUCCGACAGUAUGCAAGGCCGGGAUACUCCCCAGGCAGCUGACGACAUGGAGAUGGAUAGACUUGAGGAGGCACAUGUCGGCAUGGAGGGAACUGAGGAUGGCAACAGCUACGACCACGACAUCAUGGAGCGUGUCCUGGCUUCAAGCUUCAACGAGGACGAGCAGCGGGACGAGAUUGAUCUGAUUGAAGACGAGGAGGAAGUGGAUGAUGACAAUGACAGCAACUGCAGUGAGUGGACGCCUGUGAGUCGUAGGAAACAGGUUUCGUCCAAGACGCGGAAAGUCAACUUCAGUACAGCAGAAACGAAUUCCCUGCUGGACGAAAUAUACAGGAGAAGGAGGAUCAUCUUUUCACCCAACUUGGACCGGAGAACCGCUGAGAAGAAACGGAGAGAGUGGGGAAAAGUUGCCGAAAGAGUCAGCGAAAUUUGUUGUAACAAGGAACUUCGAACUUUAAAUGAAGUGCGCAAGAAAUGGAGUGACUUGUUCACAAGAGCAAGUAAAUUCAAAGUCAAAAUAGAGGCCAGUGAAAAUGAUGACCCUCUAGCUGAAUCUGAAAUUGAUAAAGUGAACCGCCGAGUGUUGUACAUCGUCAAGCAGAAGGAUGAGGAGCAGCGAAAGGCUGAUGAAGACUUUGAAGUGUCUAUGUUUGGAGGAAAAGAGGGAGAUAAGGCCAAACAAGAAAGGAUGGCCUCCAAAAACCACGAUGCCCACCCGGAAAAGCCUGAUUCUGAUGAUGAUGAUGAUGAUGAUGAUGAUUAUGAUGAUGAAAAGCCUAAGUGUGACUUACCCAAUUCCCCCGAGCCAGACACAGACCCAGAAGGAGACAAUCUGGACAGUGGCAUCAUUAUAGUGCAAGUUGAAGAUGGCCACCACAUAGGUGUGAAGAAAGUCGUAGACGUCAUCAAUUUGAAGAAGGAGCCUCCAGCGGCACCAGCGACGGUCGACUCGCCGCUUGUCAUAGAGAAUGUAGCCAGUAUAGACGAGCGGGUGUUUUCAAGCAUGGACAGUCAUGAUGUGUCUUCCCCUCCUUGUGAUGACCACGGACACCGAGGACACAAAGACAGGCAUGGGACCGUGGACAUGGGGAACAAUGUUGACCUAGACACUAAUAGUCUGGAUUACCAGACACCAGAGACCCCCGAACAGUUCAUAUUCCGAAGAAGGAAGGGCAAGUUCUCUUGUCAGGAGACAUCUAUUUUGUUGGAUGAGGUGAAGAGAAACAAGUCCCUGCUUCUGUCCAAGCUGACUGCAGCUGCUGUGAAUGACAAGAAGAGGUGUCGAUGGAAGGAAAUUACUGCCAAAAUAAACAGUGUACGUGCUGGUGUCCAUCGUAGCGUUGAUGAAGUCAAGAAGAAGUGGUACGAUCUUCAGUGCACUGCCAAGAAAAAACGUGCUUUGCAAGAGAGUUUGCUGGAGAGACUGAAGUUGAAUCAGAUAACGGAAAACGGGGAUGAAUUUGACGCCGGUGAAAUUGAUGGCGAGAAAUCACAAUCACCAAAUUUUUUCAAAUCACAUUCAAAGUUGCUGUCGAUUCUCGGCACAAAUGGAGGUCAGGCUGAGACGGAAAAAUCUGACAUGGCGACGCAAGCAGACAGCGACGAUCUCGUGGGCGUUGGGGAGCCUGCCGAUCAUGGGCUGAAAGUGAUGAAUGAGGAUGGAUCCAAUUCCAAUGAUGGCGACAGGCCUCAAGUUGUGUCUAUUUCCACUGAUAAGAUCAGGGAAAACAUUAAGUCAGCUCCAAAUAUCUUGACGAGGAAUGAUUGGCGGGUGUUGGAAAUUACUGAUGGUAACACGUGUGAGAUCGCUAAUUAUGCUGCUAUUGACCAUAACUAUGAAGUGAGACUUGACAAAUUGUCAAAGAACAAUGAGAAGGACGGUGUCUGUUUCUCUGAGAACCAAGUCAAUGAGUGGAAAAUUGAGUCUGUGGUGUCUCAAGCUGACUCUGCCAGUGCCAACGUAAAUUUGCAGCUUUGUAAGAAAUCAAAACUUCCUCAAGACGAUAGCGUGGACACAGCAUCUACAGUUAGUCACAUUACGGCCGACAUUGCCCAACAGCGUCUGAGAGUGGAGCGCAAGCGUCUCUCGGUGGAGCGGAGGAGGUUGUGCGUGGAGCAGGAGAAACUGAGGCUGCUUCGGAGGCUGGUCAAGCUGGAGGAGAAGCGGCUCGGGAAACGGGCCGGUAAAAAGACCCACCACAAGACGAAAGGGAGAAGGAAACAGAAAGGUCAUAGGAUUGACGGUGGUCAUACGGUAGAGAACGUAAGUGAACAUUGUGGGGACAGUGAAGAGGGAAAGGAUCGUACAGACCAGGACCGUAGGGAUUGGUUAGAACAGGACAAGGAUGGAAUGGAUCCGCAGGAUAGAGUUAGUGAGGAGGGUAAUGAUCUGACGGAGUGUAGGGGUCAUCAGAACAAUAGGGAUCAGAUGGAGCAGGAUCAGAUGGCACAGGAGAACAGGGAAAGUGAAGCAGAACUGGAUGGGCAGGAGAGCGUUGAGGAAACGGAACAAGCGGAUCAGGACAGUGAGGACAUGGACCAGGGCAGUGGUGGGGAGGAUGGGGAGCUGGGUAGUGUUUCUGGCGGAAUCGACCAUGCAGAGCAGGAGGAACAGGGUGUUGGUGAAGGGAGGCAGGAGAUGGAUGGUGAAGAAAAUGACCAGGAGGAAGCGAGUGUUAGUGAAGAAAUGGACCACGUUGAACAGAAGGACCAGUCGGAAGAGGACAGUGUCGAGGGGAGUGUUAGGGGAAGCAGAGAGGGGAGUGUCAUACGCAGUGUUGGGGGUAGUGUGGAGGACAGGAGUCAGGACACUGGGUCUGUGGACGAAGACCAGGAGAGUGGGGAGGAGAAGGACAUGGCUGUGGACGAGGAGGAGAUGUCGUCUGCAGCGGAGGAGAAGGAGGAAGGGGAGUGUGAUGAGAGUGGAGAAGACGAUGGAGAGAGACUGUCUAUAAAAUAUCUCCAGUGUGACUGAGGACAUGAAUGAGCAUGGCAUAUACAUUGUACUUGAUUUACAUUUAAGACGCAUUACUGUUUGUUUUGGUAAUGCUGUGAUUUAAUUAAGCAUUUUAUUAAGACUUUAUUCAUUAAGAAUUGUAUGAUACGUGUUUACCAGACAUUUGUAAAUAUCAUUGAUUUAUUCCACAUUGAUGAAGCAUUUUUCAUUCUUAUUUUUUCAGAUAAUUUCAUGUCAUUGAUCAUUUAUGAUUAUCAAUACUGUUUUUUUGUAUUGAUUGGUUUGUAACAUGGUGAAAUUGAAAAGUAGCUUUGUGUACGCUUUAUUCCCAGAGGAUGAAGAAUGUAUUUGUGUUGAUCUCUUACAAAGCCCCAAGUUAUGAAUCUCGGAUGUGUAUUUGUGUCACGCUAUGAGCAAACUUUAAGGCAUGGAUAUGAUACAAUAUAAGGAUGCCUAAGUGUUAAGAACAUUAGGAUGUUUUUAAGGUUGAUUUUGUAUUCACGACUGAAUUGUGUAAAUGUCAACUUGUUCCUGUCGCUCAUGGCUGAAAUAAUGCCAAUGAGACGUUUAGUUUUAACUCACUCACUAUUGAUAUAAUUACUCGGAGAUGCCAACCAUUGAGAAUUUGGUGUCAUUGUUAGGAUUUGGAGCCUAAUUUUUUUAUCCUGUUACACUUUUCCUCCCAUAAAUUACGAUUUUUGUGAUUUUGUUCUCGAGUUCCUUACAGGCAUAAAAUAUCACAGAGAGCAAAUUGAUAAUGCCCUGGUCACAUGAAGCAUUCUACUAUGCUUUCAAUUAACAUAGCGUGUGGGGCACGGGUGGCCACGUCUUCUAAGGCGCAGUGAUUCCCCGUGCAGAGUUGCGUCCCAUGGGCACGCCAGAAACCUAGGAUUGUGGGUUCGAAACCCGGUUCGCCCUGAUUUUGUUUCGAGGUUUGUCAGCAGUAUACCCGUGCUCGUGAGUUUCACCAAUGUG